AUGCCACGGUCUGGGAGGAGAGGUUCGGCAGUGGCUGCACAGCAGCGUUCCGCCCAGUGGCUGCGACGCAACUCGGCGGUGCUGGACCCGUUGGUCUCGGCUCUUCCUGUCGUGUCGGCAUCGGCAACCAAGAGCACCUCGGGCUCCGAGGGCGGCGCGCUGCCAUCGCGAACGACGCUCUCAGCGCUAGAGGGCACGUCAGCGGCAGCAGCAGCGGCUGCGCCGGGCGGGAAUACGGCUGGCGCAGGAGCAAAGAGGAAGAAGCGGCGGCGGCGGCGGCCAAAGGCCGAGUCGCAAUUUUUGGCCGAAGUUGUUGAUCUGGGCGCACACGCCCACUCGCGCGAGCCUGGCGCAGGCUCGGGCUCGGGCUUGGGCUCUGGCCGCGGCGAGGAGGCCAAGACCAACGCGUCCAAGGCGCUGCAGGCCGGGGACAUCUCGAUUUAUGCCGCAUCGCACCUUGGAUGUACCCAUGAUCACUCGUUCGAGCCCGAGCUCAACGAGCGCUCGCGGCGGAUGCCUAAGGUGCCCGAGGAGGAGUCGCGGCGGCGGUACCACAACACCCACGGCCGCUGCCACCACGACCAUGACGCCGAGCUCACGUUUCACCCGGCUACCAACGUCCGUGACCGUGACCGCCACUCGCGCCGCGAUCUGUACCAAAACGCGCUCGACCUGAAGAAGCGGCGCAAGGCGGCUGAGCAGGCCCAAGUCGAGGCUCUCGCCGCCGAGUGUCCCUUUGAACCGGCUAUCAACAAAAAGUCUGAGGCCGUCUCACCCAGCGCCCCCCUUGUGGAGCGGACGUACGAGUGGCACCGCGAGGCCGAGACCAAGAAGCAGGCUGCCCGCGAGGCCAAGGCUGCUGCUGCUGCCGCCGCCGAAGUGCAAGAGUGCUCGUUUGUGCCGCAGAUCAACAAGUUUGACAAGUCGACGUUGCUCACGCCGCCCUCGCCCAUGCCCAUCAUGCAAUCUCGGUCGUUUGUCCGCGGCGCCGCUGUUGGCACCGACACGCUGAGUGACGACGGCUCGACGAGCGUCUCGUCAUCGGCUGUCACCACGUCGACUACCCGCGGUGCUCGCGUGCCCUCGCGCCCGGUUCCGUUCCGUGCGCAGUCGUUCCUCGUCCCCACCGCUGCACCAGCCUCCCGCUCGCCCAGUAAGCCUGCUGCCGUCCCCAUUCGCCGCACCAAGACCUGUCCGUACUGUGGCUCAAAGUCCGAGUUCCUCUCGCUCGGCGGCGACGGUCGCUUCCGGUCCAAGGGUGUCCAGGUCAAGCGCCGAACGCGGACCGUUGAGAUCCCGUGCCAGACCGAGCCCACCACCGACUACGAGGAGCUGGUGAGCAAGCUCGAGGCCGAGAUUGUCGCGCUCAAGGCCAGGCUUGACAGCGUCGUCUCAGACCGCAAGUCCCUCCGCCGCGAGAAUCGCCGUCUUGAGGACGAGGUCCGUGGCCUGCGCUCGCAGCUCGGAGACGCGGCGGCGAAGGAGUCUGAGCUCCAGGCCGCACUGAACGCCGCCGCAUCGGACUCGGACUCGAAGGACUCACAGCUCGCCGAGCUCAUGGCCAAGCUGACCAAGGAAUCGAUCCAAGUCGAGACUCAGACACCACGCGAGUGGAUGGCAACGGCUGCCUCCGUCAGCACCCCCGAGCCCGAGCCCAUGCGCGAGCCUGAGCCCAUGCCGCCAGCCAAGCCUGACGGCAGCGUCGCCGAAAAGACCUACCGCCAGAAGAUGCGCGACGCGUCCAAGGACGUCACCAUUGUGCUCGCCAAGGUCAAGGAGGGCCUCGGCGACGUGUUCAAGAUGCGCGCGGCGUCAAUGCUCGCCAAGGACGUGCUCAAACGCAUUUCCAAGCUCCUGCGCGACCUCAUGGAGACCAACCUCCAGGACGACAAGCGGGUCCAGCUGCAGGACCUCGCGUCGCGCAUCGCUUCGCUCACCGAUGAGCUCGAGAGCCAGACCGCGCAUCUCGCGCGGAACCCGGGCGACAAGGCUAUGGCCGAGGAGCUCACCGCCACGCUCAUGACGCUGGAGGACACCGUCGACCUCGCUCUCGAGGAGGGUGUCAAGUUCUCUGUCAAGGUCGACCUCGCCGAGGUCAUGGCCAAGGUUCCCAUGUUUGGCGGUGUCUCGCAGGGCGCGUUCUUUACGCUUCUCAUCCGCAAAAUGCGCGAGCAGGUCCACCCACCAGGCAAGUUUAUCAUGCGGUGCGGCGACCCCGGAUCGUCGAUGUUCUUUGUCACCAAGGGCGCCGUCGACGUCCUCCUCGAGUCGGGCGCGUGCGUGGCCAACCUCAAGGAGGGCUCGUUCUUUGGCGAGAUUGCCGUCCUCCUCAAGCGGCCGCGCACGGCCUCGAUCCGGGCACGCAACUACGUCACGACGUACGAGCUCGACGCUUCGGUCCUCGAGGACGCGCUCACCAAGUACCCGCACCUCAAGCAGCACUUCCACAAGGUCGCUAUGGAGCGGCUGCAGCGGAUCGAGGCGUCGCAGCAGAAGCAGAGCCUCGCCGAGCGGCUGCAGGACAUUGAUCUGGCGCCUUUCCGCUCAGACCUCGACCGUGUCGAGUCAACCUUUGAGGACAUUUUUGGCAAGGCCUUUUCCAACAACCUCAUCCCGGCCCAGGUGACGGCAUGGAACUCGUCGCGCCGCCACGUCGAGGUCGCCAUCAACCGCCUGCUCUCGGGCCUCAACUCGGACUACCUCCGCGACGACCUCACGGCCUCGCUCGACCAGUGGCGCCGUGUCUCGUCGUCCGUCACCACCAAGGACGUCGCCUCGGACGUCCUCCACUACGUGUACGACAUUGUGCAGGCCGGCUUCCGUGCCAUUGCCCUCCGCGAGAUGCGCGAGUUCCUCGGCCUCCUCCCCAUGUUCGACGGCGCCGACGAUGCUUUCCUUGACCUGCUUGUCGAGUCGGCCGAAGUCCUCGAGUUUGCCAAGGGCGAGCACGUCGUCACCUCGGUCGAGUCGGACCUGCACCUCUACUUUCUCACCCGCGGCUCGGUCCGCUUCACUUCGGGCUCUGCCGCCGGCGCCCUCUUUGAGAAGCACGAGUCGUUUGGCGAGCUCUCGUUUGGCACCGGCCGCGAACCCAUCUCCGCCGACGUCGUCACCCUUGACAAGACCGAGGUUGCUCGUGUUCAUCGCAACGUUCUCCUGCAAGCCUUUAAUGACUUUCCGGACAUGCGCGACAAGGUCAAAGUUCACUGCGAGAACCAGGAGACCAAGAAGGCCAUCCUCUCCACAAAGACCUCGGGCCUCGUCAAGACCAUGGACAAGUUUAUGUCGCUCCGCCACUCGACGGCAGCGUCCAAGGAUGACGACGAUGCCGCGCCGUCGGCCCCAGCUCUCACCGACGACUCGAUCGCUGCCCUCGCCAAAGUCUCCACCGCACAAACUGCGCUCCUCUCCGACGGCGAGCUGGCCAAGGCCGAGGCCGCCCUCGCCGCCGCCCUAAGCGCAGUCAAGCACGAAAAGGCACGCCGCUGAUCGCGUCUGGCUUGGCUUGUCUCUUUUCCGUGUUCAAGUAAAAUCUACGCGCAAGCUCA